UUGUCCAGCUCGGAGGUUCGGUGUCAGACUAAUGUUAGUAAGCAUCGCUAGCGAAAAUGUAGCGCAAGACGGCAUCAGCUGCUUCUAACAGUUUUACUAUUUUUGUACUUUAAAAUAAAAACGCUAAUUGAUAACGGUUUAAACACGACCUAAGUGCUCCAAAUAGGAACGAGGAUUUAAAGUCACUGUAUUCUCUUUCUUUGUCUUAGUCUUCCUCCUUCCUGUUUUUCUUUCUGUCCCGCAGUGCUGUGCUUGACGCUCUUUACGAACAAACAAGCAUAAGCAAAACGGAAGACGAAUACACUGAUAGGGAGAAAAGUCUCUUUAUCCUUCUCUCUUGCUUGGUUCCCGUGUCUAAGCAUCUGUCUUGCGGGAUCCGACUGCGGAGUCUAAUGCCCGCUGAGGAUGAGCCCAACCAUCGAGCGGAUGGAGACAGAGCAGCAGAUGUGUUUGGGGAAAGGGGUUUUGCUUGAGCCCUUCGUACACCAAGUGGGAGGCCACUCAUGUGUGCUUCGCUUCGGAGAGCAGACCAUCUGCAAGCCCCUCAUCCCCCGAGAGCACCAGUUCUAUAAAAGUCUGCCAGUGGCCAUGCGGAAGUUUACACCGCAGUACCGGGGGGUGGUGUCUGUGAGCUUUGAGGAAGAUGAGGAGGGCAACCUGUGUCUUGUGGCCUAUCCACUGCACAGUGAGCUGGAUGAUCUGGAGAACAUGGACUUCUUGACUGACCUAGAGCCUAAGAACAAAACAAAGUGGUCCAAUAAGAUGCUGCUGAGUAAUGAAGGCUACAGUAAGGACAGGUCCAGACACAUGCGCAAGGACAAAGACAAGAGCCUGAAGCGGGAGGAGGAGCUGGAGUGGUUACAGCAAGCCGAGGUGCUGCACUACAGCCUAGAGAGGAGUAACGCUGCCCGACCGCAGUUCAAGCACAACCCCUGGAGCCUCAAAUGCCACCAGCAGCACCUGCAGAGGAUGAAGGAGAAUGCCAAGCACCGCAACCAGUACAAGUUUAUACUAUUGGAGAACCUGACGUGGCGCCACAGGAUUCCGUGCGUGCUGGACCUGAAGAUGGGCACACGGCAGCAUGGCGACGACGCCUCAGAGGAAAAGAAAGCCGUGCAUAUCCGCAAGUGUCAGCAGAGCACAUCAGCAAGCAUCGGUGUGCGGCUGUGUGGCAUGCAGGUCUAUCAGUCUGACUCGGGUCAGCUCAUGUUCAUGAACAAGUACCACGGGCGCAAGCUGACCUUGUCCGGCUUCAAGGAGGCCCUCUUCCAAUUCUUCCACGAUGGGCGGCGUCUACGUCGUGAACUGCUGUCGCCUGUGCUGCAGCGUCUGCGAGACAUGCAGGCGGCGCUGGAGGCGUGCGAGAGCUACCGCUUCUACUCCAGCUCCCUGCUUAUCAUCUAUGACGGCGAACCGCCCCGCCACCGCUCCCCCGAAGACGGCGUCUCGGAGGAGGAGGAAGAGGAAGAGGAGGAGGAGGAGGAAGCGGAGGCGGCGGCGGCAGCUGCUGCGCUGGAGUUCCGGGGAGGCAGCAGCUGUGUGGGGGCUGGCGGAGGUGGUGCAGGCAGUGGCGUCAGCUCCGCCGUGGCCUGUCGCAGAGCCCAGCUGGCUGCCAGGCCUGCCGUAGAUGUGCGCAUGAUCGACUUUGCCCACACCACGUGCAGACACUACAGGGAGGACAGCGUGGUGCAUGAGGGCCAGGACAGCGACUACAUCUUUGGCUUACAGAACCUCAUCACCUUCAUUUCCCAGCUGGAGGACCACAGUACUGACUAAAGGUGCACGUGCCGGGGUCUCACCUUUUGUCCUACUAGAUUUGGGAUAGAUAUGUGGGCCUUUCCCAGAAGCCUCUGUCCAAUGUCGUUCUAUUGUUCUUUACCUUUACUCCUGCUCUUUCAACAGUCCCAGGGGAGCAGGACAUUAAUUUGGCUCCAGCCUCCACGGGUCUCUUUGUGUCUGCUGUUUCUUUGCUGUUUUUCUGUUCCUAGAGGAUUAAAAAGGGUUGGAGGCCCCAACACUGAGGGCAUGCCACUGGUUUGUCAAACCUGACUCGGUGAACAGUAGCAUUCCUCACAGUCUUCCAUGCUACUGAUAAAAAGUCCCCACACCCUGUUUUUACCUAUGUACAAGCAAAAAAAAUAAAUUGUCAAUUACCAUGGUGAACUGACUCCGGUCGCACACCCAUUCCAAAAGAAGGGUGUAGCACUUGCAGCUUACACUGAGAUAUUUGCGUGUGCUUGUAUGGAAAACAAAUAGAGACUGGAUAAAGAGAGACUGCUCAGGGGCGUUGAAAAAUCACUACCCUCACAUCUUUUUCCAUUGAAAAGAGUCAAUGACACGGUAGAGACGUACAGAAACUACAUUAGAGCUUUAUUUAUUUGACAUAAUGUAUUUCUUAAGGAAACUAAAAAAAAAAAAGGGAAAAAAAAGAAAAAAUUAAACGAAUGUGAAUGGAGACACCAAGACUACAUUCCAUGUUAUUAAUAUUAUAAUAAUGAUAUUAAUAAAUAUUGCUAUUUGACAUGUUUAAAUACCUCUCUUAUAUGUGUGUUGUCAACAAUAUAUUGGAGGACAAAUAAAAAUGCUUUUGAUAA